AUGCGGGUAAAUAAUACGGUGGAUAUAUGUGCACCGGAAUACUUGAAAUGGCAUUAUCUGCGAAACAAGGAUAAAUUUUUGUUGACAAAAAAAGUUGCAGGACGAAACGAAUUUUGCGCCCUCCCAGUCGACAAGCCUUCUUUACAAACUUUGGAAAAUACUCCAAGAUUUGAUUAUUCGGCUUAUCCGGUGGUUCAGAACAAUAUGUAUUGUGUUCACUUAAAAUCAGGCAGUUUCUCGUUUGAAUGUGAUUCGUCGUUUAUGAGUUUACAUCGGCCAAACUUACUGUAUAUCGUGAAUAUUAGACCUCAUAAGAAUGAAUGGGAAAUUUUGCCAUUAGAGGUACUUGAAAAUGCAGAACUGAAAAAACAUGGAAGAUCUGGUGUUGUGCCUCAAGAAGCGUGGGGAUUGAGCAAUUUGUCACCGCCAGAAAUUCUGAUCGAAAUUGAUGCAACCUUAAAUAAACGUUAUGUAGCCCGGCGAGGUUCCAAUUUCCUACUGGAAUAUCCGUUGAAACUGUUACGCAAACGUCCACCGCAACGCCCACGAAUGAUAGCCAUCGAUAAAAUGGAUGGUGAUGCUGUUAGAAUUUGGUCUUUUUCAAUUGAUAAUGGGAAAAUAUUACUUACAGAGCUCAGGAAAGACGCUGCUGGUAACGAUGUAACAUUUGUCUAUGGUGUUAACAUUGCCGAGCCGCAAAAAGUAUUUUUCUUACUUUCUUUGAACUAUAAAGCAGAGAUCAACUUCUGGAAUAUUAGUUCGCUCAGAGGAAAUACACCAAAGCAUCAACAAGAACACCGACGACAUCCAACGAAAACUACAACAACUCAAGCACCAGAAACGUUAACUCCUGUCACCAGAAGGACAGAUAAAGAUUGGUGGACAACACCAAAAGUGGUAACAGUACCGCUGGACAACAGAUGGAAAUGGACAGUAACUACCACAGCAAGAACUACUGCUCCGUUGACAAUGGCAACAACCAUGAUGCUGUCAACAACAACAGCUGCUUCAGAGGAAGUUCAGCGACCAUCAAGGCCGACAUUUAGUUGGCGUCCUAGAUAUCAAGAGCCGGAAAAACCGGAAGAAGAAGAUGAGAAUGACGACGACGGACGGCGAGAGUUGUCUAGUACAGAAUCAGAUAGUAAAAUUGAAGAUACUGGUGUAUCGACAUCUGAGCAUUUCAUAUGCGUAAAUGUAAAGAAGCAGAUGAAACGAGAAAGGAAGGGAGAGGGAACUUGGUAG